CCGAGCAUUAUGACGUCACGGCGUUCUUUAAAAAGCACCGAGAAAACAAUCGGCAUUGAGAAAAAUAGAUGCCCUCCGAUCUUACUAAAAGCGGUGGCUGUGAUCCGCAGUUAGAGCGAGCUAUAUAAGCAAAGGCGAAGAACUACCUAUAGAAGCCGCCUCGGCAAACAUGGUGUCCCCGGUGACCGUGGUGAAGAGUGAAGGUCCUAAACUCGUGCCCUUUUUCAAAGCCACCUGUGUCUACUUUGUCCUCUGGUUGCCAACCUCCAGCCCUUCCUGGUUCAGUGCCCUCAUCAAAUGUUUGCCAAUCUUCUGCUUAUGGGUCUUCCUGCUGGCACAUGGGAUCAAUUUCCUGACAGCCCAUCACAAUGCCUGUAGGAUCUUUGCUGGCUUGAUAUUCUCUGCCUUGGGAGAUGCUUUCCUCAUCUGGCAAGAGCAGGGCUACUUUAUUCACGGCUUGUUGAUGUUCGCUAUUACACACAUAUUGUAUUCCUCAGCAUUUGGAAUUAAACCUUGGGACCUGAAAGUUGGCCUUGGGUUUGGCUUGGUGUCCAGUUUCUGCUACACUUUCCUGUAUUUCUACCUUUCAGGCCCAUUUACCUAUUUGGUAGCUGUCUACGUUGCCUUAAUUGGCUUCAUGGGCUGGCGGGCUAUGGCUGGUGUGCAGCUCUGCAAUGACCUUUGGACUUGGACCAAGCUUUCUGCUUGCAUCGGCUCUGUGCUCUUCAUGGUAUCUGACCUGACUAUUGCGGUCAACAAAUUCUGCUUUCCUGUCCCCUACUCAAGGGUCAUCAUCAUGGCCACUUAUUACGCGGCUCAAAUGCUCAUUGCACUUUCUGCGGUGGAAAACAAGGAUGAAGAAGUUUUCAAAAAGAGAAAAUAAGAGACUGAUGCCCGCACAUCCAUCAGCUCUGUUGGGGAUGCUACAGCUGCACUCAUCCUGGAGGAUGUUUCAGAAUCUGUGACUGCAAAUCUUGCUUCUUUGAAGCUCUUCUUUAUAUUAUUUGGAUGGUCUUGUCUAGUCCUAUUGAAUGGAGUAUGGAACUCACAGUGGAGGUUUAGAGGUUUAGGUUUUUAGAGUAUUUACUUCCUGACCCUUGGAAACCUCUCUUAACACAUUAGUAUAUUUGUAUAAUAGAGAAACUGGUGCUGAACAUUCCAGUGGGACAAAGCUCGUUUCAGGACAAUAUUAUUAUUAAAUAGGGUAGGCAAUACACUGGAAUGUAAGAGCUUUGCCUUCAACAUGGAAUGUGCAAAAAUCACACACAAAAGAGUCUCCAUGCUGCCUAAGCCCCUAUAUUACAUACAUUGCAUUAGAACUGUGAGCCAUUGUGAGUCUACACAAGAACUCUUUGGGACCUGAAAAAUAAUCACAGGAUGUAGGAGCACUCAUGUCAAUCACUAUGGGAAAUGUAAUUUAUGCUGUCCUUGGGAGAAAUCAGCUUAAAUUCCAGAUUUGUGAAAUCAUGUAUUUAUAGGCCAAGCAUAGCCUUUUUAUUUUUAUUUUGGUGAAUGUGAAUCCUGCAGAGCAUCUGUUUUUCUGCAGAUUUUAAAAGCAACAACAAAAUGCAAUGAACUUUCUCAGGCUGGUAGAGGUUGGAGGCAGGAGAAAACGUGGAAAAAAGGGGUUUUAACCAUAAAACAAGUCAUGCUGUUCAGUGAAUCAGCACUUCCAAGGGAAAAUGUCCAAUGUUAUUAGUACUGAAACAGUAAGAAAGACACUUGGGCGUUUUUAAGACACCAGCUGCUUUGUAGACAUAAUAGAUUGGCCAAGAAAAUCACCUUCUUGUACAAGAUUCUCAGCCUCUUCCUCUCCACAAUCAGUGCCAGUGUGUCUUGGAAGAGAACGCACAUGCAAGAAUCUGAGUCAGAUGUCACGAAGAAUGACUGUGAAAUGGGUUUCUAAGGUACAUUUGCAAUUCACUCUUCACCUGUGGACUAUUUAAAGCGAAGCCAGUGUCUCCCAGGCAUUUGCUCUCUUCUUUCUGUAGAUGUGCACAUCAACAUUUCCCCAUCACAUCCAGCAAGAGCUGUAGACUUUGCAGGUGCCUUCAUGCCUACAGCUGCAGCAUGGAUCAUGCUGACGGGCACAUCCAAUCACCAAAGUGCUGAGAAACUAUCGCUUCACCAUGCUCCAGAGCCACUCAUUUGCUCAUUUUCCUCUGGCGACAAGGAAUUACCACCGGACCAGUCAACCUGGGUGGGAAGUCGAGUGGCAUGCUGGCACUUUCCCUUGUUUUGUGGCAUCCAGCAUACAAAAUAGGUUCUGUUGACUCGCACUGCAACAAUCAAGUGUGAAAUCCCUUGGGUCCACUCCCUUCUGCUUUUGCUCAGUGGCAUUUUGGGGGACAUAAUUUCCCCUACGUAUUUUUCUUAUUACAUUUUUUCUUCUUCUUCUUCACGAUCUGUUAUAUAUGAUUCAUGUCAGUGUUUAUUUCUAAAUAUUUUGGUGGCUUGAUGCCAUUCAGAUUUGUUAGAACGUCUGCAACACUCAGAAUUCUUUGUCAGCAUUAACAGCUAUAGGACUAUAGGAACUGUAAAACUCCCUGGAAGACACCAUGUUGGGGAAGACUGACAUAGAUCAGGGGGCCCCAACCCCCUGGCUGCAGCCCAAUACUGGGCUGCAGUCCAUUCAGAACCGGGCCGCGCAAGUGGGCAAGCGUGCUGAUGUGCAUACCUCCACUUGCGUGAGUGGCAGGUGUGUUUGCUUGUGUGCAAAGCUCCAUUUGCAUGGAACCAUCCCCUCCCCGUUGCCACCACCGCCAGUCUGCAAAGCUGGAAAGGAUGGGGACCAUUGAUGUAGAGCAUCUCAUUAGAUUUCCCCCAUCAUAUUAUUUCAUGAGGAUUCUCUUUCUGCUUGCAAAAGUAAUUGUGUAGAAAUGUAGUCACGGGAGUUAUAUUUUUGUAUAACUUCUUGCAAAACCUUCACAGUAAAUAUUGUUGGGAAUGCUAAACAAUCGACAUCUGGAAGCUGGUUCUCAUUCAAUAAUCCCUUGUUCAGCAUGUGUUUGAACUUAGGAUAGUGCUGAUUGAGUGGUGUGUGUAUAAAAUCAGUCCUUGAAGCUGCAGUACGUGCAGCAAUCCCUGUAGUUAUCUGAUUGCGACCCAAGUGCUUGGCAACCGGCUUGCAAUGACAAUGUCGCAGCAUCCCACAGUCCCUUGAUUGCCGCUUGUGAUCUUCACUUCAGGCUUCUGACGAGGCAAGUCAACAGGGAAGCUGGUUGUGAGUCACAAAUGGCAGCCAUAUGACAUCACUCUUUUAACGGCAUUG